AAAUAGUCAAAACAUAUUAAACCCCAAUUAUCACCAUCGUUUCGUUUCAAUCAAAAUUUUCCGAUUUUGAGAUUUUGAAACAGAGCAGUCAAGUCUCAAAGACUCCAGCUCAUCUGUCUGCUUCGUAAGCUGCUCGCUCUCUAAAUGUUUUGUCUUCUGGGGAAUAGAUUUUAGGGAUCAUCGGUAGAUGCUGUUGGAUUGACAUAAUCCAGAUCUGAUUUCUUCUACAAAAACAUAGCUUUCUUCUCUGGGAACAAUAGAUUUUGAUUGUUGUUUCUGGGUUUUAGAUUUCUAAUGUUGGGGUUUUGGUGAUUCGAUUUCUCAAUAAUGCUUCAAAAUCGAAAAUUGAAUCGAUAUUGAGGUCCAAAGAUGCAGAAAUUGGCUGAUUUCAAGCUUCCUCAAUUCUUCAAUUAUCCUCCAUACUUCACUUUGCAGCCUGUGAGGGACACUCGUGAGAAACAGAUACAGCUCUGGAAAGAGCUUAUUUUGGAUUACUGCAAAUCCCAAAAGAUUUUCUUGAUUGGUGUUGAAGAAGAUUUCCCUCUCUUCUCAAACUCUGCCAUUGAUAGAUCUCUAAGUCAUGAAGCAAGGGAAACAUUUCUUUCAGCCAUUGUUGGUGAAGGGCGUGCGGAGUGGUUAGAUAAAGGGCAUAGGAAAUGUCUUAUUCUGUGGCACCGGAUUCAAGAUUGGGCAGACAUUGUUCUUCAGUUUGUGAGAGAUAAUGGAUUAGAGGACAGUGUUAUGACUGUUGAAGAAAUACGUUCAGGGACAGAAUCACUUGGAACAGAACUUCAAGGGAUUGAUCGGACGAUUCUAAUGAGGGCCUUAAAGCUGCUAGAGAACAAGGGCAAGCUUGCAUUGUUCAAGGGAACAUCAGCAGAUGAUGAAGGCGUCAAGUUCUCUGUCUGAUGCUACUCUGUGUAAACGUUUUUGGUAAUAACUUCUAUUGGAAAAAUCUUACGAACCAAAUGGAUAUAUUAACUCUUUAUGUUUUUGAUAACACUCAUUCACUCUAGUCACACUUUUGAGUUCUAUAAACUAAGAAUAAUCUCACUACAUAAAACACUAAACACAAUGUGUGUAGAAAUUCACCAUGGAUUUUGCAAUUGAUGUGUCCAAAACAUCUCUGGUAAAUGAUCUCUACAAGUACUUGAGCAUAGUGCGUCCGUCUACACUAAGCUUCAAUGCUUGCAUGCCCCCUUUCCUGAUGUUCUUUUGCUGCUUCUGUUUUACGGUUAGCUGUCACAAAGGAAACUUACGUUUUUAUGUCUUUUUUCCAUUUGCCACUUGGAACAAGGUUCCUCUUCUUGGUUAAUGUCAACCUUCGAUGGAGGACGGAUCUUAAAGUCCAUCGACAUUGUUGUUGGUAUUUUUGCUCUUGCUCUUCCUGUCCAAGUUCCUAGCCUGGAUAUUGGUUUCCUGCAUUUUUUCCCCCAUUAGAUUUUUCAGAUUACCAAAAACAAAAUUGUUUUUAAGCUGAAAUGAUGGUACAAGUCCAAGUUAAACACAAAUAGAAACUUACUCAUAAAGGUCAAUAUCUGUAUUAAAGUCUCUAGCUCUUGUUCCAGACACCUUAGGAGCUGUUUUGGUCUGUCUUCUUAAUAGUAUUUGCCGUUGCUCAUCAA